UUUUUGCAAUCUCCCUCGUGGUCGUCUGCGGACGGCCUGAACGACUUUUCCCCCGUCUACCCUCCGACCCAUCGCGCGGCGUGGCAGGCAGAUUCCAAAUUCCAACCCCAAAUCGACCCAAUCUCCGGCGCCCCGAUCACCGGGAGAUCCGGGAAAGCACCCAGAACAACCGGAGUUGCCGCCGGCGUAAAGAGGAGGAGGAGGCGGCGGCGGCGUCGGCGGCCGUGGCGAAGUCGUCGGCGUCGGCGGCGGCCGCGGCGGCUGGGGUAUCUGCGAUGAUAACCCGGUCGAAGCUGGUUGAGCAGCUGCGCGACUACCAGAUCCGAUCCCAACACAAGCGUGACAUAAUUGGAGCAGUCUCAUGGGGCUUGCUGUGUUGCUUUCUGAUAAUAUCAUCGUACAUGACGUUGUACUUCAGGCACUUCUGGCUGUCCGCUGUUAUUAUCUCACUCGGUAUUCUUCUUCCUGCUGGCCUUUACAUUUUGAGGCAGAGAAAGCUUGCUAAGAAAAGAGAGAGAAGAUUAUUGCUGCCCCUCUCCAUGUAAGAGUGUUGGUUGGUUCCCUGAUUUUCUGGUUAAUUCUAGCCAUGUAGAAUCCACAUUCUUGGCUUGCUACACACUCUUCAUUCAUGUUACUCUGCCUCAAUAUACAUCUCAUUCUUUAGUCUCUACUGAAGUGCUAGAAGAUAUAUCAUCAUUUUUUUCUGAGCUCAAUGUUGUGCGAGUAUAUAAUCUCCAAUGCUUGGUGGGUAUAGUACCAUCCGUCUCUGCUACAGUCUUUUUUUUCUUCUUCUUGGGGUUUUAUAUGCUUGCAGGGUGAGACGUGUUUGCCUUGGGCAUCACACUUUUGUAACUGAUACUGAUUGUUUUGAUACUGAAUUUGUAAGCCAUAUCCACCCUAGUUACUUGUACUCCAAUCUGUUUCUGGACUAGAAUGUGUGCAUGGAAUGAUCAGUCCCUCUUUUUCAUCCAGCUGAUAUUGUUUUGACAA